AGUCAAGCUUCACACCUGACAAACUUGCUUCGUUUACAUCAUCAGCAUUGAGAGGCAACACGCGCACACGCGCGAGCACGAAGUCCCCGCGUGGACGCCGGUAUAAAACAGAAGCGCCAGGUUCAGACAAAAGUCUACGUAAAGAGGAUUUGGUGUGAGUAGCGCGAGGACAGCGGACAGUAUCCAGAAAUGAACAGAUUUACUAGAACCCACAUGACCUCACCCAUGUACUUCCCUGGCAUGGGUACGGCCCCUUUCUUUAAGGUGACUGUGUUUGAGCGGGAGUAUUUCCAGGGCAAGUGUAUAGAGUUCACCUCCGAGUGCUGCAACAUCUACAACUGUGGCCUGGACAACAUCCGCUCCAUCCGAGUGGAGAGUGGAGCUUGGGUGGGAUUCGAGCAUCAUGACUUUCAGGGCCAGCAGUUCAUCCUGGAGAGGGGCGAGUACCCAAACUGGGAUGCCUACAGUGGCUCCCUGUCCUACCACAACGAACGCUUCAUGUCCUUCCGCCCCAUCUACUGCGCUUCUCACGAGAGCAGCCGCAUGAUGAUCUUUGAGAGAGAAAACUUCAUGGGACGCUGCAGCGAGCUGUGUGACGACUACCCCUCCCUGCAGGCCAUGGGCUGGUUUAGGCCUGAGGUGGGAUCCAUGCAUGUGCAGUGUGGCGCCUUUGUGUGCUAUGAGUACCCGGGUUAUAGAGGCCAGCAGUACAUCAUGGAGUGUGAGAGACACAGCGGAGACUACCAGCACUGGAGGAACUGGGGCUCCCACUGCCAGACUCCCAAGAUCCAGUCCAUCAGACGCAUCAGGCACUGAGAA